AUGGCUGCUGUGUCUGCUGCCACUGCUCGUGUCGCCAUGGCUGCUGCUCCCGUGCAAUCGGCAGUGCUUGCAUCGUCUUAUACUUCUCGAUCAAGCUUUGCGGCAGGCCCUAUUUCCAUACCGAGCCGUGCUGCUGGAGCGAAGCGCCUACCAGCAGGAAUCAGGUGCCAUGGCGAGGAGAGCGAGGCGGCUGUCGAUGGUCGCGCUUUCCGCCGAGCGUUGAAUAAGAGCGACAACUACAAUCGCAGCGGGUUCGGGUACAAGAAGGAGAUGCUGGAGCGGAUGGAGCAGGAAUACACGAGCGACGUGGUGAAGACUCUGCGCGAGAACAACAACGAGUACACGUGGGGCGACGUCACCGUGAUGCUCGCCGAGUCGCUCGGCUUCUGCUGGGGCGUGGAGCGCGCCGUGCAGAUGGCGUACGAGGCGCGCAAGCAGUUCCCCGACCAGAAGAUCUGGGUGACCAAUGAGAUCAUCCACAACCCCACCGUCAACGACAAAAUGGAGAGCAUGGGGAUGAGUUUCAUCGAGACGCGCGGCGACGGCAGCAAGGACUUCAGCGUGGUGGGCGACGACAACGUGGUGGUGCUGCCGGCGUUCGGCGCGUCGCUGCAGGAGGUCACCAUGUUCCACGACCGUAACGUGCAGAUGGUCGAUACCACCUGCCCCUGGGUCUCCAAGGUGUGGGACACGGUGGACAAGCACAAGCGCGGGCAGUUCACGUCGGUGAUUCACGGCAAGUACGCGCACGAGGAGACCGUCGCCACCGCCUCGUACGCCGGCACCUACAUCGUCGUCAAGGACAUGAAGGAGGCGCACUACGUGUGCGACUACAUUUUGGGCGGCAAGCUCGAUGGCUCCAGCGGCACUCGGGAAGAGUUCCUCCAGAAGUUUGCCAAGGCGGUGUCGAAGGGAUUCGACCCGGACACGGACCUGGAGCGGCUGGGCAUUGCGAACCAGACCACCAUGCUCAAGGGCGAGACCGAGAUGAUCGGCAAGCUGUUGGAGCGCACGAUGAUGAGCAAGUUCGGCGCCACCAACGUCAACUCGCACUUCAUGAGCUUCAACACCAUCUGUGACGCCACUCAGGAGAGGCAGGACGCCAUGUAUGCGCUGGUGGAGAGGCCCAUGGACCUGAUGAUCGUGGUGGGCGGGCUCAACAGCAGCAACACGUCGCACCUGCAGGAGAUCGCGGAGCACAAGGGCAUCCCCUCCUACUGGGUGGAUGAGCCCACACGCAUUGGCCCUGGUAACCGCGUAACGCACAAGCUGUACUACGGCGAGCUCAAGGAGACGGAGAGUUUCCUGCCGCCCGGCCCCAUCCGCAUUGGCGUCACCUCGGGGGCUUCCACCCCUGACAAGGUGGUGGAGGAUGUGCUGAACGCCAUCUUCGCCAUCAAGAAGGACAUGCCCGCACUGCAACCAGUCGCCUAA